CUGGGAAGGACAGACUGAUAUUCAAGGAAGGACUACGAAUCCCAGCAAGCAGUUCGCGACACGAGGGAGCAGAAGGAGGAGGAGCUCGGAGCCGUCGGGCCCUGCGGAACCAGGCAGCAGCAGCAACCCAGCUAGACGGCCAUGGGGAAGCACUACUUCUGUGACUACUGCAACCGCUCCUUCCAGGACAACCUCCACAACCGCAAGAAGCACUUGAAUGGGCUGCAGCACCUCAAGGCCAAGAAGGUCUGGUAUGACAUGUUUCGAGAUGCAGCUGCCAUCUUGCUAGAUGAACAGAACAAGAGGCCGUGCAGGAAGUUUCUACUGACAGGCCAGUGUGACUUCGGCUCCAACUGCAGAUUUUCCCACAUGUCAGAGAGAGACCUCCAGGAGCUAAGCAUCCAGGUGGAGGAGGAGAGGCGGGCCAGGGAGUGGCCACUAGAUGUCGUCGAGCUCCCUGAGGGCCAUCUGGAAGACUGGUUGGAAAAGAGAGCCAAGCGGCUGAGCUCAGCUCCAAGCAGCAGGGCUGAGCCCAUGAGAACCACCAUCUUCCAGUACCCCAUAGGCUGGCCACCAGUCCAGGAGCUGCCUCCAUCCCUGCGGGCACCCCCACCCGGGGGGUGGCCCCUGCAGCCCAGUGUCCAGUGGGGCUGAGCCCCUCAUCCCCACCUGACCCCCAUCUGGGCAGCCUUCGUGUCAGUCACAAUAAAGAUAAGGGCUCCUA